GCUUAUGUUUACCACGUGCGGGUCGUUUUAUCGCAUUUGUUUGUGUUGAAAAUGCAACAAGAUUUUUGUUAACACGAAAUAUUUAAUAAAAUCACAGAAAACUUUAAAUAAAAGUGUAAUAAAGUGUAAAUAAAAUGGUCAAAAAGAAUAAAAAAUCGGCUGCUGAUGCAGUUUAUGCCAAAAAGGCUGUUAAAAAAGAGAAUCCAUUCGCCACCGCUAAUCCGGCCACCUCGAAACGUUUGAAUCCUUUCGAGGUUCACAUGAACAAGGAGAAAUUUCAAAUUUUGGGUAGAACCUGUAAACACGAUCGUGGAUUGCCUGGUGUGUCCCGGGCAAAGGCGGUUAAGAGGCGUCAGGAAACACUGGGACAAGAAUUUAUGGAUAAACAUAAGACGAACAAAUUUAAAGAUCGUCGUAUAGGCAAGCAUUUGAAUGACGAUGAAUUGGAUGAGCAAAUAAUGAAUGCCCGUUUCGCGGCCGAUAAAUUGGAGAGAUUGAAAGAAAACAAAAAAUCACGUUUUAAUUUAAACGAUGAUGAAGUAUUGACACAUCGAGGCCAAACAUUAGAAGAAAUCGAACAGUUCCGCGAUGAAAGAUCUGAUGAUGAGGCAGAAGAAGAUGAAGGGCUGGAUGCGGAAUUUACCGAAGCGGCGCAUUUUGGUGGUGAUGCUGCAGCGGCCAAAGACCGUAAAAGUGCCAUAGAAGAAAUGAUUGUUGAACAAAAACGUCGCAAGGUAGAAAUUGCCAAAGAAAAAGAUGAACUUUUUGAUUUAACCGAAAAAUUAGAUGCCAACUAUAAGGAUCUUAUGGGUUUGGUAGGCAAAAUGUCCAAAAAUGAGUUGAAAGCAAAACCUGAUCUUGAUGAUUAUGAUCGUUUGGCUAAAGAAUUGGUAUUUGAACCUCGGGGUGUUGUUACCGAUAAACUAUUAUCGGAGGAAGAUAUGGCAAAAAAAGAAAAAGAACGUUUGGAGAAACUGGAGCGAGAACGUAUGAAACGUAUGCGAGCAGAGGGAGAAGAGGAUGAGGAAGAACAAAAACCUAAACAUAGAUCGGCGGAUGAUUUAGAUGAUGGUUAUUUUGCGUAUGGUGAUGGAGAGGAGGAAGGUACUUUGGCAUAUAAUAUGGAUGGUACAUUGGGUGGCAAGCAAGAAGAUAAUGAAGAAAACGAUGUCGCGGAGGAGGAGCAUGAAGCUGUUGAAGAAGAGGAAGAUAACGAUGAUGAAAAUGACGAAGGCGAAGAGGAGGAGGAAGAGGAUGAAGAUGAAUCGGAAAAUGAAGAUGAUGAAGAGGAUCAUUUAAGUGAUCUAAAAGUAUCCGAUUCAGAGGAAGAAAUCGACGAAGAGAUAACGACAAAGGCAACAAAAGAAAAAGUUACCGACAACCAAAAGAAACAGGAAACGAAAGUAAAUAUUGAAAGAACUGAUCUGCCAUUUACUAUAGAAAUGCCGAAAACAUACUCUGAGUUCACUAAACUUUUAAAUGAAUAUAAACUUCAAGAUCAAUCGAUUAUUGUAGAGCGUCUGAUUAAGUGCAAUCAUCCAAAAUUGGAAGGUGUCAAUCGUGAAAAAAUAAUUAAAUUAUUUGCUUUUCUUUUACAACUUUUAAAUGAAAAAUUCUCUGAAGCCAGCCAGGAAGAUAUAAGAGAACAUUUUAAAUUUCUUUCAUCAAUAAUGCCUCAUCUUUAUGAUUUGAUACAUUUAAAUCCAGAGAGAAUGUGUAAUACUUUAUUGGAUGUUAUAAAGGAGAAAUAUGCUGAAUUUAAAAAGAACUCAAAACAAUUUCCAUCUUUAGAAGUUUUAAUUUAUUUAAAAUUAGUUUCAAAUCUCUGUUCUACAUCGGAUUUCAGACAUCCCAUUGUGACGCCUUGUUACAUAUUUAUACAGCAUAUUUUAUCUAAAGCUCGUGUACGUAGUCGUCAGGAUAUAGCUAUGGGUCUAUUUUUAGUAACUUUAAGUUUAGAAUAUGGUCAAAUUUCAAAAAGAUUUUUACCAGCUGCCUUUAAUUAUCUCUUGGGUGUUGUAUUCCUUAGUAUACCCAAAAGACCAAUAGAAAUUAUUAAAAUACUACCACCCUUCCAAAGUCAAGGUCUUCUAAGUAAACUGCUAGCCAUACCAGAAGAUUCAAAAGAAUUUGUGGAUAUUAAGGAGGAACCCUUAAAGGCUGAAGAUUUAGUUACACAAACAUUUUCGAAUGAUUUUAAGGUGAGGUCAUUAAAUCAAUGUUUGAAACUAAUCGAAGAUGCUGUGAGUUUGGUUAAUGAAAAUAUUGGCUGUAACUUUUUGGCAACAAACCUAUUGGAUAUGUUGGAAAAGUUGCCAUUAACAGCAUAUCCCACAUAUGUAAAAGAUAAUUAUGAAAAAACAAAAAGUGCUUUGGAAUCGCUAGCCAAAAAAACUCUUACAAAAUUGGUACCUCCCGAAAAGAAGCCCAAAGCAUUGCGUCUAUUAGAGCCUCGUAUAGAAACAGUGUAUGAUGAUAAACGACGUCCUAAAUUGUCUGCCGCCAAAGAAGAAAAAGUUAAACUUAUGGCGAAAAUUAAGCGUGAAACUAAGGGUGCUAUACGUGAAAUACGUCGUGAUACAGAGUUCCUGCAGAAAAUGCGUAUAUCGCAACAAUUACAAAGUGACAAGGAACGCCGCGAAAAGGUUAAGCGUAUUUAUGCUGAAGCCUCCCUACAGCAAGGUGAACUUAAUGCUAUGGACAGAGCCAAGAAAAAGAAGAAAUUCUAAAUUAAUUUUUAAUACAGUAAACAUGUAUAGCAUAUGUAUAGAUUUUUCUUAUAUAGUAAUAAUGAGUUUUAUUUUUAUUAUAAAAAUAAAUUAAAUUUUCCUAAACUUAA